GGAAGUAAGUUCUAUAAGUAUAAUCGCAGAUAUUAUUUAAUAUAAUCCAUCUAUACGAAUCUAAGCGUCAUCAAUACGAGUAGUUAAAUAUUUUUCUUGCAUCACUCCCCUUUUUUCCGCAAUGAUAAAGUAGAUGCUUAACUACAUAGGUACCUAUCUAAAAUACCUUGAUAAAACGUAAGCGUGUUAUUUUAGACUGUAGCUCCAACGUAAUAGAGUUGCUGAUUCCGUCGCCAAGUGGGGUUGAAAUCGUCGACGCGGCGAAUGCGUCGAGGGCUGCCGCGCCGCUCAAUACGCGCGCGCCGCGCGUACCGCGCGGCUACGAGCCCCGAAGGGAAUGUCAUGGCCCAGUGUGCCGAAAACACUCACCGGCAACAGCCCUGUGCAAUCCUGAAUUAAAAAAAUAAUUAUUUUAGAAUCUAGCUAUUCGGAAUACAAAUUAGAUUAAGGAUUUUUACUUAUGUCGGAUAAUAUAAACAACGAAUGUUCUACCUCAAUUAAUGUUCAGUAGUUUUUAAACUAUCGUAAGCGAAAUUGAUAAGCAGACGUGAAUCGCAUGUGACUAGGUUAGUAGACAAAAGAAAAGUGAAAAUAAAAAUAAGCUGUCAAAUUUAGGCGCGAAUUGUGUAAACUUUUUCUGAGGAUCGCAGCUGUCAAGUUCUCCGGCCAGUUUGAGUUGUAGAGUUGCGAUGAACGAACUCGACUUGAUCAAGGAGGUGGAGAAACGACCGAUCCUCUACGAUAAGUCUGUGAGUGGCUUCAACAAAACCAAGCUCCGGGAUGACGCGUGGAAAGAGGUGCAGGAAGCCCUGAAUGUUACAGAAGCGGAGUGCAAGAAGCGCUGGCGUUCGCUUCGCGACUCGUUCAUCAAACUGCAGCGCACGCACGGCGGCCGCACGCGCUGGCCCUACCACCACGCCAUGCGCUUCCUGCUGCCGCACGUCGAGCCCAAGAUGGAGAACAACGUUAUCAAAAGAGAAGAGGAAUCGGACACAGAAGACGACCCUCCGAUGCGGUUCCGUUGCGUGCCCUCAAUGCCGAGCCUCCCCGACCUGUCCUUCCCGAGCGAGUCCAACGAGGAGGACCAGGACUCGCAGCCGUCGCCCAAGAAGCCGCGCCUGAAUUCUACGGACGAAGAAGGCUGCCACUGCAACAGGAAUGACCCAGACGAACUGUUCUUGCUGAGCUGUGCGCCGAUCCUGCAAAGGUUGAGCGCGAAGCAGAAUGCUGGCGCGCGGCUUAAGAUUCAGCAGGUGCUGUACGAAGCCGAAUUCGGAAUGCAGGCAGAGCUACCCUACCUCACACCGGCCGGCGAGGUCAUAGGGGUCAUACAGGACUUACACGAGCCGGUGGACUAAACAGUGCAGUACGGACCAUAGAUUUUAAGUGGACUGUUGGACUCAACAACAGGCAGGAGCCAUAGAAUUAUACAGGGUGUAAAAAUGCAUCACGCACGAAGAAGCUUGAGUCACUCCGCACUAAGUGAGUUAUGACGAAAAUAUUAUUUUAGGAUCUCUUGCAUUAUCCUUUCAAAUCUUGCAAAUCGAGACACUAAUAUAUCCAUUGUUAGGUACGCGGCCAUAAUAUGCGACCGCUUGGGAUUGAUGGGUUAAAGAUGCCCUAAAAUUGUCUCCAUCAGAGAAGUCGCCCGGCAAGCGAAAGAUAUUAUGGGUUCAUUUCUCACCUGAGACCAUUCAUUUUUUAAGCUUUAAAAUUGGUUUGAAAUAUUAUUCAUGGGAACUUGGACUCUGACUUUUAAUAUCUCCAUGCUCCAAGCCAUGUUUGGUAAUAGUCUUGAAGAAAAAAAUAUUUAUCAUUCAGAUGUAGAGAACAUUUUCUUCUUCAGCUUCGGAUUCGUGAUAAGUUUUUUUACACCCGCUAUACGGACCGGUUUAAACAUCACGGUGCAAUUAUUGACAGUGUGUAGUAUGUACGAUAAAACUUCGUAAGUAAGAAACACUGACGGUUUUAUACAUUUCAUAGCUAUUGCGGUAAAGUGGAGUAAUAAUAAAAUAUGACUUAAAAGUGCCCAUAUUCGAAUUCAUCCAUUACUCAUAAGCGAAAUCAAAGCUCAAGUCGAUUUUAAACUCGUUAAUAAUUCGGUAAUUCGGUAUACAAACAAUUUACAGAAAACUAGAAACAAUAUGUCAUAGUCAUAAGCAAGUUUUACAUAACAGGAGCACAUUUUUUAAAGUGGGCUUUUUGCUUACUAUAAUUGCUUAAUAAAUAAGUUUAAAUAAUAAAUUGACUAGCUGAUAAUAAACGGAUUGUGAGGUUCAUUUUACCUCGUACAGGUUGGAGAUGACAAAAAAGUGUACAUUUUGAUAACACCAACCCUCGCAUAGAUUAGGAUAAAUAAUUUUUCACAAUUUGUACGUAAUACAUAUUUGGCUCGAGCUCGAUGUAACUAUUUUAUUGUUAUUUUACAUAUUGUCGUUUCCACCCUGUAUAAAGUCCUAUAGCUUU